AAGAGCAAUGCGUGGCAUUCGACGAGAGAAAGAUGCGGGCUUCGAUGAUGACAAGCACCGACGGGACGGACAAGCGAAGUCAGACCUUUCUGUGACGAGCGGGCCCCUCACACGAACGCUCCUGAUCGGGAAGGGGCGGCCAUGGAGAGGAGAUCGAUGAUCAAGUCCAUCAAGGUGAAGCGACAAGGCCCGCUUUUCUCGAGAGAAGCGGGCCGUCGCAGAACAGGAGGACAGAGGAGGUGAGACCCCUCUCGACCUAUAUGAGCCAAGCGAGUGUACACCAAUCGUUGUCACAACCCCCCUCCCCUCCUCCCCCUCCUCCCCCUUCUCACCCUUUCUUCACCUUCUCCUCGCCACCAUGCUCUUGUUCACUCGCCUCUACACUUGCACUCUCCUCGCCAUUCUGGCCUCCACCGCUCUUGCCGGCAUUCAAUCGCCCAAUGCGCGUGGUAACUCUGCGCGAGCCAACGCCGUCAAGUCCCUCUUUGCCAGCUCUUACGCAGAUUACAAGCGCUACUGUUUUGGCCAUGAUCAGCUCAACCCACUCACCAAGACCUGCGCUGACCCUUUGGGUGGCUGGGGAGCCACCAUCGUCGACGUCCAGAGCACGGCUAAGAUCAUGGGCCUCAACGACAUUUACAACGAGUGCGUCGCCCAGUCGCUGCGUGUCGACUACACCAAGACGUCGCAAGACCAGAUCUCCAUCUUCGAAACGACAAUCAGGCACGUUGGUGGACUGCUCUCAUCGUAUGAGUUAGGCGGCAAGACCAAUCAAAAGCUCGUCGACCAGGCCGUCGUCGUCGCAGAUCGCCUGCUGCACGGCUGGGUCGGCAACAACGCGCUCCCGUACAACGGUCUCCGCAACUGGAACACCAACCCAACUCCAGUCACCGACCAAGGUGCCAUCAUCGCAGAGACAGGCACACUCAUCUUGGAAUUUGACAGACUCUCAAAGUACUCGAAUAAUGCCACCUUCCGUAAUUUCGCCGCCAAGGCUAUGCGCGCCACCAUCAACGCGUCGCCCCUCCCGUUCCCCGGACUCAAUCCUCAAGGCAUCGACCCAGCUACUAACAAACCUCGAGGCGACUACGUGACGUGGGGUGGUGGAAGCGACAGCUACUUUGAAUAUUUGAUCAAGGCUUCGUACCUUAACGGCAACCCUUACUCGUACAUGCCUGCCUGGGUUCGCGCCGUCAACUCGUCGAUCGCUCACCUCAUGACGACUGCAGGCGGUAACACGACGCGCAAGGACCUGCUCUACCUCGCCGACUACUCCGCCUCCUCUGGAGGCUUGAUUCCGCGCAGUUCUCACCUCGAAUGCUUCCAUGGCGGCAACUGGAUGCUCGGCGGCAAGCUGCUGGGUAACGAUGACAUCUUCCAGUACGGGCUGCGACUUACCGACGCCUGCAUCAACACAUACACCUCGAGCGCCUCUGGCAUUGGUCCUGAGUCCUUCGUCUACGCCUCGCAAAGCGGCUCCACGAAUGGUGUCAAGAUCCGUAGCCCAGACUUCUACAGGCAGCACGGCUUCGACUACGACUCCAAGUACUACGUGCUUCGUCCUGAGGUCCUCGAGUCCGUAUUCUACGCGUACCGCCUCACGGGCGACAAGAAGUGGCAGGACCUGGCUUGGGCAGCCUUCAAGAACAUUCGCAACCACUGCAAAGCCCCCGCUGCACUGGCAGCUCUGUCGGACGUCACCCAGGCUACUCCGCCACAGAUUGAUGACUCCGAGUCAUUCCUUUAUGCUGAGCUGCUCAAGUACCUCUACCUCAUCUUCGCCGACCCAUCAACCAUCGACCUCGGCGAGUGGGUCUUCAACACCGAGGCUCACCCCUUCAGGCUGGACAGACCAGGCGUCACCUUCCCGCAACUCAACCCGGGUAGCCGCCUCGCCAAGCCUGGAUCACCUGUCUCGCCUACGAGCAGCGCAAAGCCGUCCACCGCUUCGGCGACGAAGAGCGUGCCCCUGCCCAAGUUCAGCAGCAACCCUGACGCGGGCAAGGUGGUGCAAGGCAUCCUCAAGGAGGUCUUCGGUGGCGUGGGUCAACUGCUGGUUCAAGGGUAGGCGGACGUCAAGAAGGGCAGUAGAUGCGCUCUCUCCCCUUCGCCGCCUCCCUGCGUGGGACCCCUGGCUCCUUCUUUCGACUCAUCCCGGCUCAGAUUCCUCCCCAUACCCUCUUCCACACGUGUAGCUACCUAGCAUACCCCACCUCCUGUCACCUCUACCAUGCGAUUCUCUCUCUCUCUCACACACGCUGCUCGAUCCGUAGAUUCUUAAUUAAUGGUA